AACUACUGCAGGAUGAAUCAUGAAAGGCCUCGGCCCACACCUCUUGACCUCUAAUAUUAACAACAGGGAACCAGGCUACUACGGUCAAACCAUCAGUCAUAUGUGUAGGCUUCAGAUGGUGAAUUAAGUCAGUUGUGGCUGUCAACAAGACCACGUGUGUCCAGGGAGGUGCUGUACUACACUUACCUCUACUCUUAACUACACAGAUGGCACCAAUUGUCAGUGAACGAAAAGGGAAAAGGAGAAGAGGGAAGAAGCCAUGGCAAAGAAAUGCGUUGAAAUCAGAAGUGAAGGACGAAGUCCGUGUAACAGUGAACAAGGAGAAAACAACACCUCAGAAGUACCCGGGGAGGAAAAUUGUGGACCCAAAACUAUUACAGAAGUACAGUAAAGGACAAGGUGUUCGGGUCAACAGCGUUGGUAAGAACUCCUACAUGAAGCAUAAAUUAAAAAUAAAAGAAGAAAAGAUAAGACAAGCUGAAGAAGAAGCAGCUAGAGCAGAGGUCCUACUGACAGAAACUAGUGGUCAGUUGGAAGCAGAGGAAGAUUCAUACACUGCACACAUCAGACAGAGAGACAUCAGAGAUGCAGUGGACAUCACCUCAGCUGCUAAAAGCUUUAAUCUUACUCUCAAUCAGUUUGGUCCAUACAAAAUGCAGUUCACUCGAAAUGGACGACAUCUUGUACUGGGAGGAAGAAAGGGUCACUUAGCAGCCAUGGACUGGAUUACUAAGAAACUACACUGUGAAAUAAAUGUUAUGGAAUCUAUCCAUGAUGUUUGUUGGCUGCACACAGAGGGCAUGAUGGCUGCUGCACAAAAAAAAUGGGUUUAUAUAUAUGACAAUCAAGGAAUUGAAAUUCAUUGCUUAAAACAGAUGGACAGAGUGCUGCAACUUGAGUUCCUCCCUUAUCACUUUCUCCUGUGUUCUGCGAGUGAGAAUGGGCAUUUGAGUUGGCUUGACAUCACUUUAGGCAAGGAAGUGAUUCAGGUUUACACACAUAAGGGUCGCCUGAAUGUCAUGUGUCAGAACCCUUACAAUGCAGUGCUGUGUUGUGGUCACCCGAAUGGCACAGUAUCAAUGUGGACACCUAACAGUAAAGAACCUGUGACCUCCAUCUUGUGUCAUCCUCACCCCAUAAGAGCUUUAGAUGUUGAUCCCACUGGCAGGUACAUGGUCACAGCAGGAGCUGAUAAAGUAAUGAAGAUUUGGGAUGUGCGACGGCUAGGAGAGUGCCUACAGUCAUUCAAGAUUAACUCCGGAGCAUCAACUGUUAAAUUCUCACAGAAAGGUUUAUUAGCUGCGGCCAUGGGUAAUGUUGUGGAGGUGUAUCGGGAUGUGACCACUGGGGUAACCCGUGAGGCAUACAUGUGUCACAAGUCGGGCAGUGUGAUAACUGACUUGCAGUUUUGUCCCUACGAAGACAUACUCGGGAUCUCCACUUAUCGUGGAUACUCAAGUUUAAUUAUUCCAGGGGCUGGUGAACCAAACUAUGAUGCUCUGGAAGCCAACCCCUACAUGAGUGUGUCGGGCCGCAGGGAAGCAGAGGUCAAAGCUCUUCUUGCCAAAGUACCGUCAAAGCUUAUCACUCUGGACCCUCUAAGUAUUGGUCAGGUUGAUACUCCAAGGCUGCAGGAAAAAUUAGAUGCCAAGAAUGCCUUACUACACAUUCGCAAGCCAACAAUUGAUUUUACACCACGUUACCGAAUGAAGGGCAAGAGCGGCUCUGCACAGACCUUCAAACGUAAGCAAAAAGUGAAGGAGGGCAGACAGCGAGAGUUCCUCCAGGCUGCAAUUAUUCAGCGAGACAGCUUCAAGUUAGGGAAGGAAAAGAAUUUAGAGUCUAAACCAGCUGAAAUUCUUGAUCGUUUUAAGCCAAAGAAAAUAAAAAAAAAGUGAUAAUCAUUUUGAUUCUUUUCUAGCUUGUCGUUCUUAGUCAGGCGGCUCUUGUCACUGAACAUGUCUUGGCCAUCAUGCUGUGCCAAUAUUUUACAGCUGAGGGCUGAGCUUAUGACCACCCUUUGCCAAUUGGUCAUCCUUAGAAGAGGAAGAUUAGAAUCAGUGGUUCUCUCUGGAGACAGGAGGUGCAAUAAGAGCUAAUUACCAGGUCAAUACUUAAUCCCACCACUAUGAGUUACCAUCUUAGACAUCGAGAACAGUACACCAUCUUCCCUCAGUCCUUAGUGACUUACAGAAUGAUCACAACUGCUUCACUCUCCAGUAUUCUGCAUGACCAUUAAAAAGAGCUAAGGGUCUUCCCAGUUGUAACACCAAGGAUAGUUAUUAAGUGAGGAUAUAGAAGUUUUAUGUGUUAUCAGUGUUGUCAUAAACAUAAGAGGACAUGUUUGUGUAUGAUAUUGUUGUGGGGGAGUUGAGUCUGAACAUUAAUACCAUUGUCUGUGAACCCGAUGUAGUCAUAUUCAGUACCUCGAUAUCCUUGUAUUACUAGUGGCUAGGAAUAAUCUUGUAUGGGCCCAUUCUCUUCUAAAUCUGAAAUACAGUACUCCUCGUAAUUAUGUCAUAUACUGUACCUAUUAUUAUGAUAAGGUGCCUCCUGGCCUUGAAUACAUGUGGGACAUAACAUUCACCUGUUGUUAGAAACAGUAUUUACUGAGUAUUGUGUUAACCUUAUUCUUUUAUAUUGUGCACUCCCUGAUAUUGUGCUCAUAAAUAGUCUUUGUAUUGGAGACAAAAUUUAAUAAUUAAGCAAUUCAGUGCAGAUGGAUGAGCUGCAAUAUACUUUUAGGAUUUGAAUCAAAGUUCUUCUUGGGGAGGAUGGAGGUGAUGAGUUACAACAAGCUUGUGGGAUACUGUGGACUCCAACCAUCUGGUCUUGUUGAAUUGAAUUGAAACAGUUUAUCUAGCGUUCAAAACACAGGUGCAGAGUGGAUAAUAAUGACGUGGCAGAGCCAGUUGAGAACCUGAACUCUCUUUGAGGCACCUGAUAGUUACUAUACAUUUAUCUCAAGGAAGUAUUAUGUAACAUUUAGUAUCAUCUGGAAUAGUACAAUAGCAUGGUAGUAAUAAGAACAUCUCAUAGUGUUACCACGGUUAUCACAUGAUUAAUUUUUCUGAGUGUUUUUAGCCAGGGAAGGCCAGGUGUAUGGGACUUGCUUAUCCUUGAUGUGUACACACACAAUAAAACUAUCUGCCCACCUGGGUCCAAUGUACAGCAGUUUUAGUUUGGUUGUCAAGGAAUCACAACUAGUGAUCAGAAUUGUUCGUCCAUUGUAUCAGUGAGAAAAGAGGCAGACAGUUUUGUGUGUGUACAGAUUGUAUCGUGGGUAUUCUUGAUCAAACUCAGUAUUUUCUCCAUCUUGAGGUUUUGUUCUUUAUUAUUGGUAUCUUAUUUUAACUACUAUAGUGCAUUUUUUCCCACUUGAGAAGAGAUGCCCCGCCUCCUCUUCAAGAGUUACAGCUGAUUGGCUAUUGAAAAUCUGUCCAAUUUCGUCCUGAAGUAAUGAUGUAUUUC